UGAAAUAACAGGAAACGUCAGCGUCAAAAUACACAACUGCUGUGUUCAGUUUAUGCCGUUAGUGUUAAUUCUCGCUAAACAGAUCGAGCAAGCUUUAAUAUUUCGAGUGUUUUUAUUUAAUUUUAUAUAAAACUCACAUUAAAUGAUUUCCGUCAACGUUACUGGUAUAUAUUGCUUUCGAGAGCACUUAAAAGCUAUUGCUACUGGUAAAGACUUUCAGAAGCAUUUCGUAAGUUAUUAUGGAUUCAAACAAGUGUGAAGAACAUUUAGAAGUUGUACAAGUAUCGGAUAAUAAAGAACAGGAUAUCAAUUAUGAUAUAAUUUCUAGUUUUGAAGGAAAAAAAGCAAAUCAGAAAUUAUAUAUUAAAACUAAAGACAGUAUAAUUCAUCUUGGUACUAAAGUGGUCUUGGAAGUUCAGAAUGAGAAAGACAUAGAAAAGUUGCAACCUUACCUUCAAGGUUUAAAAAGAGAAAUAUUACAGGAGAAACCAACAGGUUUAAAAUAUGAAAGAGAUAUUAUAAAUGAAACCAACACUAUUAAUAACGGUACUGAAAGCAAUGAUGACAAAGAAAAUGUAAAUAAAGAAGAUUGCAAUUUGAAAUGUGCAGAUCCUCAUCCUUUUGAUGAAAUUGGAUUAAAUGAAAAAGAUCAGCUUUCAGAAGAUGGAACAAAUUUAGAUAAACUUUCCUUAGAUCUAAAAAUUAGCAAAGAGAACGAUGAGUGUUUAUUGACUCCAGAAUAUUUUAAAUCCCCAUCUUGUAUAUAUUCUUCUGCAUCAGUACCAUCAAAUUCAAAUCAAAUUUAUGAGAAUAUCAAUUCAACAAUUGCAUCUUUAAAUUUUACUACAGCACAAACAAACUCAUUUGUCACUUCAUCAAAUGUAUCAAGUCCAUCUUGUAUCCAAACAGCUAAUACCAAAGUUUUUUUGAAUCAAAAUAAAAAUCAUGAUGAUAACCAAAAUCUGUUCAAUGCUACAAAUAAUUCUCAAAUACCACAUUUUGGAUUUGAUUCCAUAAAGAUGAAUAAUUCUUCAUUUAUUCAAGGACACUCUUCUACAUCUUUUCAAGUAACAGAUUCAUGCAUAAAUUCUGAUGAAAAUUUAAAACAUGGCUAUUCAUAUUAUGCACAUAAUGAACAAAAUUUAGAAAGAUUUCAACCUUCUUUUCCACCUAAAAAUUCUUAUUCAUCAACAUCUCAGCAUCCAAAAUCUAUUAUCAAAUGUCCAAAUGAUUAUUUUACCAAUUCCUAUGAUGGUGCUAGAAAACAAUCUGGAUUUCCUUUUGUAAGUAGUAAUACUCCUGUGUCAAUAUCAUGUACUACUAAUAGUAUUAAACCAUCAACUGAUAACUUUUCAAAAUUUACAAUAAAUAAAACCAAAGUCCAAAAAUCUCUUUCUUUACUUGCUGAAGUAAGUGAUCAGUCAUCACUUCAACUAAACAGUCAUACAGAAAAUAAGUCAUCUUGGUUUCCUAGAGAAAGACUUUUAAAGACACGGCCAAAGAAUGAUUGGAAACCUCUUGGUGUGAAUUUUAUGGAAGAACGCAACUUUAAACUGGGUAUUAUACCUGGCAAAUUUUAUGAUACAUCAAAUGGUGUUCUAGUAGAAAUGCAAAAUGGUAAAAAUUAUACUAUAUUUUUAGUAAAUGAUAAUAAAGAACAAUGUGAUGUAGAUGUUUUUGUGGAUACUCACAUUGUUGCAAAACUUAGAUUAGAAGGUAACAGCACUGAAUAUAUUGAAGGACCACGAUAUGACACUAUGAAAUUUAUGUUUGUAAGGGCCCGUGAUGCUCCACCAGAAGCUGAAAUUCUGUACAAUGAUGAAGGUAAUGGACUUAUAGAAGUAAUUUUUAAACCAGAAAAAAAAAAUACAGUAAAUCGGAAAUUGAGAGAGAGAGCUUGGUCUGCUGACUCUAAUGGUAAUAUUAAUUUAAGUAUAUUUUUAUUUAAUUAAAUUAUUAGUAAUUUUAUUUAUAUUUUUAAUAAUUUGAUGUGGCUGACAUGUUAUAACUCACUAUACAUAAUAUUUCUUGAAUCAGAAAAUCAACAUCACCGUAACACUGGGGGGUGAAAUCAACACUAAAUCUGGAACCUGUUACUGGUGUAAAUUAUGAGAAAACCUUUCUUCACAAACGUUUUCGAACUUCUUAAAAUAGUUCUUCCUCAGGUAAAACGGAUGGAAUGCUUCAAAAACUAGAACAUAAAGAUUUAAAACAAAAUCGAAUGCUUGUUUAACAAAACCCAUUGUGAUUUUAAAAAGUUCAAAAACGUUUGUGAAGAAAGGUUUUCUCACGAUUUACACCAGUAACAGGUUCGAGAUUUAGUGUUAAUAUUUCUUGGUUUUUCAUUGUCUUUUUUCAAUGCUGAGUGAAAAGAAACAAUGAAACAUCAAAUUAAUCAAAUUAAUUUAAUGUUCAUCAUGAUUAAUAAAAUAUUCCUGACAAAAAAUAUGUCCUACAUGAAAUAUAGAACUUUAUACAAUAUUAAGCUUAGACUUGUAAAUCUAAAACUAGCUUCUCCAAAUUCUAAAUAUAUAUUCUUAUGAUUGAUUAAAGAUAUUAUAGUUGAAUAUCCAUGUAUUUUUUAGCCUUUCAAUUCAUUAUAAAGAAUAUAAAUUUUAAAGGAACUUUUAUAAAUAUUAGAUAGAAUACUGUCUAUUUUUUCUUCUUUCUAAAUUCUAUUUAAAAAAUUUUAUUAUUCUAUCUGAUGGUUAUCAAAAUUUCUUCUCAAAUUUAAAGUUCUAAUGAUGGGCUAAAAGAUUUCAAAGUAUUUAGGAAACAUAGCAAAGAAUUAUGAGACCUCCAUAAAGCAGGAAGUAAUAGACAAAAUUAUAAGUUAUUAAGAAGGAAUUGAUAAUGAUAACUCAAUUAAUUAAACAGAAUUUAGUGAAUAUUUUGAUGAAACAUUAAAAAUUUAAUUAUUGCUUUGAUUUAUAAUCCUCUUAUACCAUGAUAUAAAUGAAAUAAGAACAAACUUGUAGUUAUUAUUGUAAACAAUAUUAGGAUGAAAAGC